AUAUCCUAAGGCACCGAUUCCCGCAACUUUUUGGGUCCCCUCUGUUGUUGCAGUGCAGCUUCCACCACCCCAGUCCCAGUGGCCGAAGGGAGCCGUCGCCGGAUCUGGGGAGGGAGGAGCCAAGGUUGGGAACGCCUCGCAACCCACAGCCACGAAAUUGGGAGGAUUCCCGGGUUUCCUAGGGACUGCGAGCGAACGUAGAGGGGGAGGAAACUUGGUUACUAACCGAGAAACUGGACAACAGUGCAUGAUUUCCUAUGCAGAACAGACUGCGUGUGGCAGCAUAUGAGGAGUUGGUGAGAAAAGCGGUAUAGAAAGACUUCGAAGAAAUGAAUGGCUGCUGGCAACUCUCAAGAGGAAGUGACUACCCCUCGACGUCGUGUGUGUUUGUGUACAGAUGGUGUUUCUCCGGCUGUGGGGCGGUGCUGAGGGCAAGGACAAGGAAGCAAGGAGUGAUCCGGGAAAUACUACAGGUGAUAGGGGCAUGCGGAGUUGGCAGAACAAUCAGCCACGUUUCCGAGCUGUAAGAAGCCGGGUCCAGCUCAAGCGAUCUGCGAUCCUCAAGAUGGCCCUCAGCGACUCCUCGGACCCCCUGCUCCAGCAGGAAGAGGACGACAGCGGCAACAGGCAGCCCUCGUUUCUAGUUAGGGCUGUGCAGAUCGCCACGGUGGUCUCUCUUUACUGGUUCAUCUCCAUCACCAUGGUCUUCCUCAACAAGUACCUCUUGGGCAGCCCUACACUGCGCCUCGAAGCCCCGCUCUUUGUCACCUUCUACCAGUGCCUUGUCACUGUCCUCGUCUGUAAGAUACUGAGCUUGCUGGCCUCCUGCUGCCCACCAGGCUACCUGGACUUCCCCUCCAUCCGCAUGGACCUCAAGGUAUUGCGCAGUAUCUUGCCCCUCUCAGUGGUCUUCAUUGGCAUGAUCACCUUCAACAAUCUAUGCCUCAAAUAUGUUGGGGUGGCCUUCUACAACGUGGGACGCUCCCUCACCACCGUCUUCAAUGUGCUGCUCUCUUACCUGCUCCUAAAACAAACCACUUCCUUGUAUGCCCUUCUGGCCUGUGGAGUGAUAAUAGGUGGCUUCUGGCUUGGUAUAGAUCAGGAGGGAGCAGAAGGCACUUUGUCAUGGACUGGUAUAGUAUUCGGAAUCCUGGCCAGCCUCUGCGUCUCACUGAAUGCUAUUUACACUAAAAAAGUACUGCCUGCUGUGGAUGGCAGCAUUUGGCGCUUGACUUUCUAUAACAACAUCAAUGCCUGCAUCUUAUUCUUGCCACUCAUGUUGCUCUUUAGUGAGUUCCACACGCUCUACAAUUUCGAUAAGCUGGGGAGCCUCAAUUUCUGGGGCAUGAUGACCCUGAGUGGGGUGUUUGGCUUUGCCAUUGGUUAUGUGACUGGACUCCAGAUAAAAUUCACCAGCCCUCUAACACACAAUGUCUCUGGGACUGCAAAAGCAUGUGCCCAAACAGUGCUAGCUGUCUGCUAUUAUGAGGAAACCAAGAGCUUCUUAUGGUGGACUAGUAAUAUGAUGGUUCUAGGUGGCUCUUUUGUCUAUACGUGGGUGAAAGGGCUGGAGAUGAAGAAGGUGCAGGAGGAACCUCUUCCUAAAACUAAUGAGAAAAAUGAGACUGGUGUCUAAACUACCUAGCCUGUACCUCAUCAUCUGUGUGCACUGCCUCCAUGUGUACAUGGAGUGGAGCUUCACUGGGAAGCAAGCCAGGGCUUGGAGCCCGCAAGGCAGGAAAAUCCUAUGACUGCAAAUAUGUGGGAGAUGGAAGCUGGGAGCUGAGCCAUGUAUACAGAGUGUUUUAUGGAGUAAUUAUUUUAAAGGGGAAAUUUUUUCACAAGUAUUUCAUAUGAAGAAGUUGGCGUAUGUUGGUGAUGGGUCUUGGGGUCUCAGAUAAGGCCUCUUUGUCAAUCAAGACAAAAAUAGCUUUUAAAAACUGCUGCUAUCACCUGUAGGUGCUACCUAAUGUGCACCUUGCUUUUCCCUUGAUAAAUGAAGGUUAAAUCAAUACUAGGCUUUAAACUGUGGAUCCUGAUUCUAUUCACACAAAUUGGAAUACAUUUUCUGCAUAGUUAAAUUUCUCUUUUUGCUUUGUUCUCUCACUGAACACACUUGGUAAACCAAUGCGCUUAUCUCAGGGGAGACUUAUGUUGGGACCCAAUCUCCUUCCAACCAGGAGUAUCCACAGUUGGUAGUUGUCUCUCCUACCCUUAUGGGGAAAACUUUAUAUCAAAACAUUUAAGAAAAAGCCUUGUAACAGUUAGUUGAAAUAACAUAGAAGCACUCAGGUGUAUGCAUUUGCUUUAGUGAGAUUGAGGAACACUUCUGUCAAAGUCAUUUGUUUCAGCAUGUUUACUCUGUGGAGGGAGAAUAUAAUUCUUUUCAGCUGCCUCACUCUAAUGAUCCUUAAUAGAAAGGGAGUUCAUCCAGUGCAGUGCACAUGCAGAAAUGUAUAUCCAAAGUGCCAUGAGUUGGCUUCCUCAACCUUCACUAAAAAAUUCUAGCUGCAACUGAUAUGUUCUCUCCAAGAUGACUAAUAAAGCAGGAGAUGUCAGUAACUGGCCCAACCUGUACUUAAUAGAUUCUGAAGAAGUUAAAAUGGCAGCAAGCUCUUGGAGCAGUAGGAUUUUAAAAACAUCUUUCCUUACUGAGUGAGCUUCUAUCGGUUCCAGGAACCCAAAUCUAAUUGGAAUGUUUUACCUGAUUUGCCUUGUGUUCUCUCUCUCUCUCUCAUAGGAGUAGAUUUUCUCCUGUGUAUGUCCCCAGCCCCCCUCCCCUACCUUGUUUAAUUUUGUGCUAGGAAAUUAAUCUCACAUUGUUGAUCUGUGAUUAUUAAACUUAUUUAAUAAAAGUACGGUUUAGUA